GUUGCCUCUCAGACGUCGGCGAGUACAGGUGUUGCGCUGUGUUCUCUCGCGUUUUCGACAAGGAAAAAAAACAAUGACAGUCUAUUUCCUACUUAGCACAGUGCCACGAUGACUGAACGAUUAGUGUCCGAGAUACUGAAUAGGUUUUUAGGAACCUAUAUCGAGAAUUUAGACCCAUCAAAGCUCAGGAUCAGCAUAUGGGGUGGUGAUGCUGUGCUGACUGACCUGGUCCUGAAACAGACUGCAUUUGAUGACCUGGACCUGCCUGUAAGACCAGUGUUUGGCCAUGUUGGUUGUCUGAAGUUGAAAAUACCAUGGAAGAGCUGGUACAACUCACAGUGGAUAGCGGUGGUGGAGAAGCUGGUGAUCGUGGUGGUGCCUAAUACCACAAUCACCUACAAUGAAGAGAAAGAGAAGCAGUUAAAGCAUGAGGUCAAGCUGGCCACCCUCCAGCGUCUGGAAGAGGCCAGGCAGAAGCAGAGGGAGGAGGAGAAAGGUCCCCAGGACUGAGGGCUUUGUUGAGAAGCUGAUGGUGCAGGCCAUUCGUAACAUUCAGGUUACCAUCAAGGAUAUACACAUACGGUAUGAAGACUGUAUCACUAAACCAGGUUCACCCUUUGCGGCCGGAUUAACUCUCCACGACCUCUCCAUGAAAAGUACCGAUGCCAAUUGGAAAGA